UGUGUACUGCGUGUAAACAUUUUGUGUACCGGCGCGGCGCGGCUUGUUCAUGCAGUGUUCUUCCCAUGGCAUAAGUUAGAAAGUUUUCGAAGUGAAAUUUUACGCUAGUUACAACAUCAGUGAAAGUAAAGUUAGGCACUACCGAUACAUGUACAUGUAGAUCAUCAGAAGAAAUUGCUGGACAGGAUUCUUUAACAUAAAAAACCUAGUUCUCAAUUUCUCCAGCAACAAAAUGGACGCAAGUACUGGUGGACCGUUUUUAAAGCGUUGUGGAAGUUGUCACAGCAUGCAAAGGAGUAGAGUUCAAAGGUCGUGGGUAAAGACUACCCUUAUUGCACUAGCACUCUUGAGCCUACUGACAGUCAUCAGCUCAGCCUCUCAAGAUUACUACGAGUUGCUCGGAAUUGAACGAGAUGCGAGCAACAAGGACAUCCGUCGGGCCUUCAAGAAACUGGCACUCAAGAUGCAUCCGGAUAAGAACCUGGAUGACCCCAAGGCUCAUGAUAAGUUUGUCGAGAUCAACAGGGCAUAUGAGGUGCUGAAAGAUGACGACCUGCGGAAGAAGUACGAUCGGUUCGGGGAGGAGGGUCUCAAGGACCAGCAAGGACAAGGAAGAUGGAAUCGCUACGAGAGCUGGCAGUACUACAAGACAGAAUUUGGUCUUUACGAUGAAGAUCCUGAAGUCGUUACUCUCAGCAAGACUGAUUUUGAGCAAUCGGUAUUUGGUGAGGACAUCUGGUUUGUCAAUUUCUACUCUCCGCGUUGCCAUCAUUGCCAUGACCUGGCCCCAAUCUGGCGUGAGUUUGCUAAGGAAAUGGAAGGUGUGAUUCGCAUCGGUGCUGUCAAUUGCCAUGACGACAACCCUCUCUGCACCGCCCAGGGGAUACGAUUCUUCCCCACCCUCAAGAUCUAUCCUCAGAAUGAAGAAUUCACAGGAAAUCGUAAGCUCCAAGAUCUGAUCAAGCAUGCUUUGUGGCUGGUCAAGGCUGAGGUCCAUUCCAUUUGGACAGGAAAUUUCAAGACCAUUCUUUUGUCUGAGAAGCACAAGGACCAGCCAUGGGUUAUAUCAUACUGUGGAGCACCAGAAGGAAAUGAAGGCGAGUCAACGGACUUAGCACAUGCUGGCUGUUUGGAUUUGGAAGACCGAACAAAACUGGCUGCCAUUUUGAACAAAGUUGUAAAUGUUGGUGCUGUGGACUGCGUGGCCUCCUCCAAGUUGUGCAAGAAGUUAAAUAUUGAUGACAGCAUCAUCAAGUACUACCCAUCAGGAAAGAAAGCACUAUCUUCAUCUAGCCGGACAUUUGAGCUUGAUGAGCCCAAGAGUAUCGCUGCCGAAGUGCUGAAACUUCUCCCAGACAUCUCCACACUCUCUGGUGAAGAAUUGAAGAGUGGCCGGGAUGAUUUAAAGACGGGCAAAUCAGACGAAGUAAUGUUGGUGUAUUUCAUGAGUGGGAAGGAAGAACAUGAGAUUGAACUACGCAAACUGCCGUACCUCCUGAAACACAUGACGGUUGGGAAAUUCAACUGCACCCAGCAUCAAGAUGUCUGCCAGACAUUGUACCUUGGCACCAACCUACCCAAGGUGGCGCUCUUCAGGAAAGGAGGUGCCCAUGAAUUCCACCAUGGUCGUCUGUUUGCUCAGGACAUUGCAGCCUUUGCCAGACAGGGUGUAGAUUCUAGACUUCACAUUCUGGGCCCGGAGAGUUUCCCCGAACCAGUCAUGACUGGCCAGUUGUGGUUUGUGGAUUUCUUCUCUCCACAUUGCCCACCAUGCAAACAGAUGUUACCGCAGUUACGCAAAGCAGCCGCACGUCGGUUGGACGUCAACUUUGGCACAGUGGACUGCACCGUCCACAACACUCUCUGUACCCGGCAUAAUAUCAGGUCCUACCCAACUACCGUCAUGUACAAUGACAGCAAACCACACAUGAACAUGGGGUACAAGACCGCAGACGAGAUUGUUGAUUUCAUUCAGGACACCUUGCAUCCCACCGUGGUUGAUCUGAAUCCAGACAGCUUCCAAAAUCUGGUCAUCAAUCGAGACCAGAAGGACAUGUGGUUGGUGGAUUUCUACGCUCCGUGGUGUGGACCGUGCCAAGCGUUAUUGCCGGAAUGGAGGAAGCUAGCUAAGAGAUUGAACGGCACAGCCAGUGUUGGCACCAUUGAUUGUGUCACCCACGCCAACUUGUGCAAUCAGCAAGGAGUCCGGAACUACCCAACCAUCCGCGCAUUUCCAUUUGGAAAAACAGGAAACACAGGAAGAAGUGAUUACAACGGUUGGUUCCGUGAUUCCAACUCCAUCUUUUUCUGGGCUCACAACUUCCUUCCUUCCUUGGUGGAAACCAUCGAUAGGAGUAACUUCCGGGACAAAGUCCUUCGCAGCACGGAGCCCUGGGUGAUAGAUUUCCAUAUGCCACACUGUAUGCCGUGCCAGCAGUAUAAACCGGAGUUUGAGCAAGUAGCUAAGGGUGUUGAAGGCUACGUCCGUGCAGGCAAGUUGGACUGUACGCAAAACCAGAAUAUAUGUCAACAGGCCAGCAUUAAUUUCUUUCCCUCUGUUCGACUUUAUAAAGGCACACACAAAGUCGGCCAUUCACAGAAUUGGUUUGGUGAGCAAGUGGAUAAAACUGCAAGCAAUUUAAUACCACUCCUUAAAAAGCGAUUCACUCAGAGGGCAAGCAAUAGCAAAAACAUAAAAGACGAACUUUGACCUCCAACCACCGGGAAAUAGAACAACAGCCCAUUGCCUUUCGGAUACGAAUCUCGAUCUUUUAGUGUAAAAUACAGGGUGUGUUCAUAAGUUAUAUGUUAAUAUGUACACUGCUUGCAACCGCUGUGGAUUACAAGAAAAAUUUGGUUUCAUAUUCGUGGCAAGAGUGAUGUAGUUGAACAGGGGUAAUACCUUGUGAAGAUGUAACGGCCAAUAUAAUUCCCAUCCUAUUCCAACACUUCCCCUGACACCCUGUAUCUCACCCUGUGUCUCACCCUGUAUCUCACCCUAUGUCUCACCCUGUAUCUCACCCUAUGUCUCGCCCUAAUCCCCACCCUCACCCUAACCCUGUGUGUUCUCAAAGGAUCAUAUGCAUACUCAGUGUAGUCAUCAUGUGUGGAUAUCUCAAUAUAUUGAUUAAAUGUUUCUCAUGAUUGUUGAAAUCGGAAUAGUGGGAAAGCUGUCAAGAUUUUUCCAAAAGUUUGGUGUAAAAGUUUCUUGUGAUCUGAAGUUGUAGUAUUUUCAUUUACGGAUAAGAUAACUUGGAAGGAGCAUUCGUAUGCAAUGCAUUCCUGAAGAGACAUUUUCCUCAUGUUUACGUUGUAAUUUUUAGCUCCAUACUGCUCCUGUGGUAUCAUGUACAAAUAAAUAUUGUCUUUCCAGCAAAAAUUGCAUGAAAUUUGUUAUUUUUAGUAUUUGACAUUUCUACAUCCCUUCAAGUGCAUGGCAUUUUUUAACUUAAUAACAUUCAUAUUUUUUGCACCUUACUGUUAUAUUAUACACAUGAAAUGGUCUGUUCGUUUACAUCCGAAAUAUUUUUUUAUGAAUUCUUAUUUAACAAAAUGUUUCAUCCCUAAAGUAAACUCCAGAAUUUGAUUACUAAACUUCAGAAUUUGAUUAACUGA